AUGCAUGUUUGUGUUGUUAAUGCUGUUGUACUUGCAUUUGGGAGAGAAUACAAAGAUUAUGGUUUACUGAAAGGGUUUGAGGAUUAUUUAGAAGCAUGUGGAAAGGAAUGGCAUGAACAUCAAAAGCUCUAUUAUGCCCCAUAUUGUACAAUGUUUCAAAGUUCAGGAAUUGGAAAAAGUUGCAUGCUACACAGAUUUGCAGAAACUGGAGACUUUUAUGUUUUUUAUAUUAAUGUGAACAAUCCUAGAUCUGGUUCUUAUCCUCGUGGACAUCCCAAAUUGCAUAAUUAUUUUACUAUAACACAUUCAACUUAUUCAAACUCCACAUAUGAUGUUGAAAAGAUAUUUCAAAUAUGCCUAGUGUAUUUUGUCUAUGUAUUGUUAGAACAUUUAUGUUCCAUACAAGAUAUACAAAAGGUUAGACAAGAGGUGAAACGAGUGGUAGCCAUGCUUUGGGGUGAAGAUGCAUUGAGUGAAGCAAAGCAGUUUGAUAUAGAUCUUUGGACCAAACAAGCAGAAGAGUAUUCAAAAGAUUAUUUUAGCCAAUAUGAGAAUGAAACAUAUGUUGACAUUGAAUGGAAAAUGCAGAAACUUUUGAAUGACAAAUUUGAAUACAUUCAUGAAACUUUUACAACAGACACUAUUCAUAAUGUGAGUGUGCUCUUUGCUUUUGAUGAAGCAUGGACAAUGAUUAACAUUGAGGGUGAACAUGAAGUUAGCCCAGUCUUUACUGGUGUACAACGUGGUCUUCGGAGUCUUCCAUUGGGAUUUUUUGCUUUAUUUUCUGAUACUACAUCAAACUUAUCAAUUUUUUCACCACCUCUUGGUAUUGAUCCUUCAUUACGACCUCAAGAGCAACAGGAAUCUUGGAAACUGUUCCCACCAUUCUUUGCAUUUCCUACCUUUGACAUAUAUGCACCCACACUUGAUGAACUUAUACAUAAAACACAGGAGGUUUCUGCUGAUAAGGCAUUAUUUGAUGCAGGUAUUCCAGGAAGGGAAAUAGAAAGGUUUGCACAAGAUAAACUUUUUACAGGAAAUCACCAUGCAUAUUCAUAUCACAAACUUUCAUUUGAAGAGGUUCUAUCACUUGUAGCAUUCAAAAUUUCAAUCAAUCUACAUACAAUUGAUCAACAUACUGCAACAAACAUGGUUGCCAAGAAUAUGGGUAUUUGUGUACAUGUGAGUGAUGAUCAAUCCAGACUUGGAGCAAUGUGCUUCUCUGAACCAAUCUUAGUAAAUGCAGUAACAGAAAUUCUUUUAAGAGAUUCAUUUCUAGAAAACACACUUGAUAUAUUGGAUAAUGCAAUGAAAAAGGGAAUGCUUGAUGGAGGUGUGUGUGGUGAACUUGUUGCACGAUUUUUACUGACAUUGGCAAAGGAUGUGUUCUUGAAUUCUGAUAUGGAAGCUGCAAAGAUUACUACUACAAGCCCUUAUUGUUGUCCAGUAACAGUUCAUGACUAUUUUAUUUCAAUGAUAGGGGAAACAAAUUGGAAUAGAAUAUUUGGUAAAGAAUCAACAAAGCCUAUGCCACCUGAGAUUGCUAAUGGAUGGAUUUCAAUGACUCAUUUCAU